CUCCUCUCUCCGGUGUGCUGAACUUUGCCUUUAAGCUUGCAUGGCUGCAUCUCUGCUGGGAUCCUCUGAUGAGAUUAGGAAACACAGGAACAGCUGCAGCAGUUGCUGAGUGCACUUGCUUCCAGACAACUAGCUCUUGAGGAUUACCAUCUUCCUACUGUUGCAGAGGAGAGAAGUUUUGUGCAUCUGCUCUCCUCAGAAGAGUUGACUGAAGAAGCGGAGGUAGAGAGAGAAGGGAAUGGCAAACAACAGCUCCUUGGCAGUCCACGGCUCCCUUGCUUACGAUGACUUUGCCAGUUCUGACUGGUACAUGUAUGAAUCCAUGGAACCCAAGACGCCACAAGACGAUAUAUUUCCUAGUGUUAUCCUAGCCUGCGAUCCCACCAUCUCCUACCGUCUUUAUCACACCUGCAUGGCUCCUAUAUCUCUGGCCAUCCUGAUAAUCUUGUCUCUGUUGGUGAAGCGCAAGAGCUUCUAUAAAAGCUCUUGGAAUGGAGCACCUGGACUGCUGAGCCCUGUGAAUUUCUUGGAGGCGGAGGGCCACCAGGGGCUGGUGGCAGCAGUGUUUGGAAUCCUCUUCUCUUCUGUUUGUGUGCUGGUGCUGGAUACCGACCCCCUGCCUUUCAUUGCCAGCUCCUCCCCACGUAGUCGAGAGUAUUGGAAGAUCAUGGCUUUGCUCUAUUACCCUGCCUUCUAUUAUCCUUUAAUUGCAUGCGCCACAAUCAGACACCGAGCCGGGUACUUCGUAGGCUGCUUGCUCUCCUGGUGCCACUGUGUGGUCCAUAUCUGGCAGAAAGUGGACUGUCCUCAGUCGCCCAAGAUUUACAGGUAUUAUUCCCUGCUGUCUUAUGUUCCUAUUAUCCUCUGCCUCAUUGUCCUGAGCAUUUGGUAUCCAGUGCUGCUUGUCAGGAGCUUCACACAGAAGAAACCAGCUGCUAGAGAGGUUGUAGGGAGUGGCUAUUACAAUGAAUACCUGAAGACUAUCCUGGCCAAAAGAACACACAAAAGAAGCUCCAGGAAAGUAAGUCUCCUUUCGAGGGCCCAGAUGUAUUUACGUUCUUACAUCUACACCCCCCAGGAAGGGUUCCAGGUUCCUCUGAAGCUGGUUCUCUCUGUAACCACAGCCGUGAUUGCUGUUUACCAGGUGGCCUUGCUGCUGCUCGUCAUCUUCAUUCCCAACAUUCAGAUAGUGAGGGCAGGGAUGACGAAGGAAAUCACCGUCCUUCUGGUUCAGUUUGGUGUUGUGCCCUCGGAGAACCCGGGAGGUGUCCCUGGAGACAUGGAGCGGGAGCUAGACACAGUCAGAUACUAUCUCUGGUCACUGGAAGUGUGCUAUGUCUGUUCCCUUGUGCUCUCCUGCCUGCUCACCUUCUCCAUGCUGAUGAGAUCCCUGGUGAUGCACAGGGCCAAUCUGAAGGCUCUGUACCGAGGGGAUGUCCUAGAUGUCUUCUACCGUGCCCGGAUGCUCUGCCCUUCCCAACAGGCUCUGGUCUGUUGGAUGAGCUUUGCCAGCUUCCAGACUGCAUUUGCCUGCUUGGGUCUCCUCACCCAGCAAGUGAUUUUCUUUGUCUGCACCGUGGGCUUCACCUUCCUAGUGGUCAUUCCACUCCAGUCAGGCACAAAUAUGCAUCUGUUUAAAAUCCUGGAGAACAUGUGGCCCUUCUGGCUGACGCUGGUGCUUGCUGUGGUCGUGCAGAACUUGCUUGCUCAUUUCCACUUCCUAGAGAAACACCACCUGCAGAAGGAGCUGACCAACAGGCGAGCUCUCUGCAUCAUGACCUACCUGCUCUUCCCCAUCAAUGUCCUGGUGGGGGUCCUGGCCGGGGUCUGGAGAAUGGUCAUUUCUGCACUUUACAACGCUGUCCAUUUCUGCCAGCUGGACAUCAGCCUGCUGAAUCGGGGCGUCGAGGCUUUCGAUCCAGGUUACCGCACUUACUGUCAUUACUUGAAAAUUGAGGUCAGCCAAUCACAUCCUGUGAUGAAAGCCUUUUGCUUCUUGCUUCUCCAAUUACCUGGCCCAGAGGGGCAGACAGGACUCAAACCCACUGAUGUGGAAGAAGGGAUCCAGCUGAUGCAGCCUGUGAAGGGGCUGCUGAAGGCAUCCAAGUCCAAGCAGACGAGAGCCCGGUGGGGGCUGGCCUACACCCUCCUCAACAACCCAUCACUCUUGGCCUGCCGAAAGACUGUGCUUUCUGACCUCACAGCCAAUGGGACCCAGUCUUGCCCUGCCAAGUCCUGACCUCCACAGAGGAGCCCUCCCCUUUCUCUGGGAAGUGUUCCAGCUCUGCUCACUGCCUCCUCUCUCCUUCUCGUGUGUCCCACCACCCCACAGCAGCAACCUUGGCUCUGCGGAGCCCUAGAGCAAGGCUGCACCCCAUUGCCUGCCUGCCUGCCUUUGAGACCAGGGCUGUUUCCGUAGGGCAGCAUGGAGCUAAGGGAGAUGGUCUGCCUGGUAACCUUGCCCAGAGAGUGAGCUUUAAAGCCACCCAAAGCCAAGUCUUUGCUCCUCAUGCUACACCUGGGAAACCUGAAGCAACUCAAAGGUCCCCCUUAGGAACUUUCCAAUUCAAUACCUGCUGGGCUCACAAGUGAAAUGAGUUUGAUGAUCUCAGAAUUUUUAUCCCAAUUGCCCUUCCACCAUGCAGUUUGGCACCUUUGAGUCCCUGCUGAGAGGAGGUAGGGGCUUGAAUGGGAGAGAGAAGGGGAGCUACAGAAUUGGGGGGUGUUAGCCAAACUGAGAGGAAAGAGCUGGAUCUGCCCCUAGCCAGCAUGAUCUACCCUGCAUUUCAGAAGGCACCACCAUCAUCCUCCCCACCAGCCCCUCAAGAUCCUGCAUUGGAGUCUCACCUGGAUCCCCUUAGACACUCCAGGUAGUGGCAGGUUUUUUCAGAUUGCCUUUGUGCCUUUUUCAUGUAGAGGCAGCCAUUCCACAGAAGAGCCCAGCACUAAGGAGAUUCUGAUGAAGCAUUUAUGAAGGAAUAUGGCUUCAUACCUUUAAAGAAAAAUAAUCCCUUUUAAAAUAUAUUUUUCACAUCUUUUCUAUGGUUUUUAGUCCUCAUUGCUGACAGGGCGGGUCUGAUAAAUAGACUGCAGGUUCUGUAGCUUUGUAAAAUUGGAAAUGUGCCCUCGAUGCUUUCACAACAAAAUGGCAGAGUGAUCUCUCUGUUUUGUGUGGCUCCUCUAUGCUGCGUGUCCCUCUGGCUUCUCAUACUCUGCUCAUGUCCUUGCCUCCACUUUUCUGGCAAACUGGAGGCAUGUGUCUUCCUGCACCCAGCCCAAUUUUUUUUUUGGUAAACAAAUGAUUCCUUGAACUCUGUUCUUAUUCUAUGAGAGGAGAGCAGGUCAGAUUGGGAGUGAGCUGAGAUAGUAUUUGUAGAGUAUGGUGAGUUUAAACCCCCUUGGCAGGGUGAGGUGGGAAUAAUAAACAAUGUGCCUCUUUC